AAAGUAUAUACCAAUUAAAAAUGUGGCUUUAAACGUCAGAAGUCUUUGAAGAAAUAAUGCAAAUAGAGAAAAAUAAGGAUUUAUCUAUGGAGGAUAAACAUAGAAGUUCAAUGGUGGUUUGUGUUACUGGUGGUUCAGGAUACAUAGCUUCAUUUCUGGUGAAAAAACUACUUGAAAAUGGCUACAAAGUUCAUGCCACCCUUAGGAACUUAGAGGAUAAAUCAAAGGUAGGCUUGUUGAAGAACUUGCCUAAUGCAGAAGAAAAUUUGAAGUUAUUUCAAGCUGAUAUGUAUAGACCAGAAGAAUUUGAGCAAGCAAUCCAAGGUUGUGAAUUUGUUUGCCAUGUGGCCACUACUUUUCUACGUACUGAGGGAUUUCAGUACAAGAAUCCAGUAGAAGCAGCAGUUGCAUCAGUGAAGAAUAUUGCAAUGUCUUGUAUAAAGUCUGGUACUGUAAAGAGGCUUAUAUAUACAGGCACUGUGCUUGCUGCUUCACCAAUGAAGGAUGAUGGCAAUGGCUUCAAGGAUUUGAUGGAUGAAACAUGUUGGACUCCUCUCAAUGUCCAUUUCCCUUUUAGUGAUGAUUUUGUUAUGAAUUAUGUGGAAGCAAAGACAGCAUGUGACAGAGAAAUCUUGAACUUUGGCAAAGAUGGAUUUGAGGUUGUGAGCUUAGGUUCUGGUCUUGUUGGAGGAACAACACUCUUGUCAAAUAUCUCACCAGGCGUGGCUGCUAUGUUGUCGGUGAUAACUGGUGAUGAGAUUUAUUACAAUCAACUCAAGUUCAUAGAAGAGGUUGAUGGAAAAGUUCCAAUUAUACACAUUGACGAUGUUUGUGAAGCUCACAUUUUCUCAAUGGAAAAUAAUGAUUCUAUGAAUGGUAGAUUCUUGUGUGCUAGUGCAUUUGUUUCUUCUGCAGAAAUUGCAAGUUAUUAUCAACAAAACUAUCCAGAGUUUCAUGUCAACCAAAAGUACUUGGAUGAUCCAAAGAGAGAAGUGAAAUGGGGAUCAAAUAAGCUCAUGGAGAAGGGUUUUGUGUACAAAUAUGACAUGAAGAAGAUAUUGGAUGACAAUAUUAGAAGUGCAAGGGAACUUGGAGUUCUCAAACUACCAUCAUCUACUUAAUAUGGGAACUUUUAAUUAUCAUAUCUGAACAAUUUAAGAAACAAAUGAAUAUUUUUAAAAUUGUGGUCUAGAUAUGUCAUAAUAUUUGUGUUGUUGACAUUUUUUGAAACUUGUGGUAUUAAAUAUGUCAAUAUAUAUAUAUGACUAUAUAAUUUUUCAUUGGAGGAAGAUAUAAACGUGACAUUCAUUAAGGUUCAGGUUGAACAGGGCCAAGAAAAAAAUAUUUGGAGUGAAAGUUUAGCGACAUAACGCAUGAGGCUCAUAGGAAAAUCAGACUUGAUACAUAAGUCAUCCAAAAGAGAGGUACUUUCAAGUAUCUUAGGUCUAUUAUCCAAGGGAACAUGGAGAUUGACGAGGAUGUCACCCAUCAUAUUGGUGCAUGGUGAAUGAAAUGCAUGCUUGCAUUCGGACUCUUGUGAUAAGAAGGUAUUACCAAACUUAAGGGCAAGUUCCAUAGAGUGGUGGUUAGAACAAACUUUGUUGUAUGGGGCGAAGUAUUGGCCAGAUAAUAACUCACGUUCAGGAGAUGAAAGUUACGAAUACGAGGAUGUUGCGAUGGAUGUGUGAGCAUACUAGAAGAGAUGGGAUUAGAAAUGUG